CAACUCAGUCUAGUGUUAACCGUCAUUCAUUGCGAAUGCCACCUCCGUCAGGAUCGCGAAUAAUGACGGCGCCUUCGGCGGGUUCGAUUCAAAUUUUUUGUGUGAUUGUCGGGGCCCCGACAGACCGGGAAUAAAUAAUAGUAAUUAUUGGCGAUUGGUUAAAUUGAUGGUUCAUUUUUUUAAAAUGAUUUAGUUGUUUCAAGGACACUGUGGGGGUCCAUGUGUGCGUGGAAAAUUGCGAGCCCUCGUGUGUGUAAAUUUUUUUUUUUUAUCGCCGGAGGAGAGAUCGAUGGGGUGGAUUAUUCGAUAAAUAAUGCAGUGGCUGUCAGUUACCAAGAACAUCUCGGGGAAUUUUUUUACACCUAGGAUGAUGCAUUUAAAUGUAACGAUAGAUCCUCAGUCACCAGAAAGAAGAAUAUAUGGGACACUCUCCACUGUAUCAUCCGUAACAUCUCUGCCCCCAACACUCGACAUGAUUCACCAGCGAAACGUCAAGUUAUUCUUCAGCGAUGACAAGGGAGUGAGUGUCAGUGAUAGGGUGGUAGACACAGUGACGAAAAUUGUUAUCAGUGAUGAGGGAAAUGGUGGAGAUAAUAUGACGAGUGAAAUAAUUUCCGAUCGUGAUGAUAUCAACAAUUGGUGGGCUAUGAUUGCUAUUGUGCUUGUCGUUGGUACUGCUGCUGGUAAUAUUCUGGUGUGCCUAGCUAUAACGUGGGAGAGAAGAUUGCAAAAUGUUACCAACUACUUUCUCAUGAGCCUCGCUAUCACUGAUCUCAUGGUGGCUAUUCUCGUGAUGCCACUUGGUAUUCUGACACUAGUGCGAGGUUAUUUUCCGCUGCCAGCGAUGUACUGCCUCGCCUGGAUCUGCCUGGAUGUACUCUUCUGCACAGCGAGUAUAAUGCACCUGUGUACUAUAAGUGUCGACAGGUACUUGAGUCUUCGUUAUCCCAUGAAAUUCGGAAGAAACAAAACGCGAAAACGUGUCACCCUGAAGAUCGUCUUCGUCUGGCUGCUCAGCAUCGCCAUGAGCCUUCCCCUGAGUCUCAUGUACUCGAAGGAUGACGCCUCUGUGCUGGUCGAUGGUGAUUGUCAAAUACCUGAUCCACUCUAUAAGCUAAUUGGUAGUAUCAUAUGCUUCUACAUCCCCCUCGGUGUUAUGUUACUGACCUACGCAUUAACAGUUCGUCUAUUGGCUGAACAGCACGAGAGCCUGAGUGGUGCAAGGCCAAAAGUUGCAGGUUUCGAUCGACAAAGUACCUGGCGACGGCUGUUGGGUAACAGAGAAAAUGGAACAAGUAGUGAAAUACCACAGCACACAUCUGCAGCAUCAACCGACACUGAGCCAACUACACUAGACACACACGAUCUUUGGUUACCAGAGAGUGAACCACCACCAUCAGCAAUGGCAGCGUUACGUGCAUUUGGAGCUGAAAUGCUGAAACUAUCUAGGGGUCUUGAAGGUGGUGCACCAUUUGGUAUUGGGCAUCAAUCGAUUGCUACAUCUAGAUCAAUCACACAGCAGCAGGAGUACGAACUAUCUACUCAGUUGCGUUCCAGCUUUAGAGUUGGAAGCGGUGGAAGUGCAGCCAGCAGUGAAGCAGGCUCAAAGGUUAGUCUAACAACAUUCCAGGAUGAAGCUAACCAACCAACAUCAUGGAGAUCACGGAGACGUGCAUACACUUACAACGAGGCAUAUCUUCAAAGAGUUAUGUUGGAUUCACCCAAGGAACUUCGGAAAAGGACCUUCAGUUUCGACUCAAGUGAGUUGCGAGCACCGCCCACAGUCUCAAAGAACGUAGCAAGAACCGAGAUUUAUCACGAGAAUUCCAAGAUCAGAGACAGAAGAGACAUCACACUUCCCACACGAUGUACAUGCCCUUAUUUUGGGGAAUCAUCGAAGAGGCCCCUCUCCCAGAGUGGAAAGGAAGUUGUGAUAAUCUCAGGUGAUAACUUCAAGUCAAUCAAUAAAAAUUCUGAUGUUGGCUAUCAUCGGAAUCCAAGAUGUGAGACUAGAAAUUUUGAAACAGCAAAUUCCGUUGUUACGUGGAGGACUGGCAGAAGGGGCUCGAUGAUUGGAAGCACAAGAGCUGUUCGAACGCCUUCACGACCCGGCGAACUUCGUCGUGCAGCAACACUGAGAGCUCAAACAACUUCAACAAUAUUAUCAAAGAGAGAUGCAUCGUCGCCGUGUUUAUUGAGAUAUACGAGCAGUGUACGAGCCCAUCAUUCACGUACAAGCAGUGUUAUAUCCAGAAAUAGUUCUAGACACGGUAGGAUCAUAAGACUCGAGCAGAAAGCAACAAAAGUACUCGGUGUUAUAUUUUUCACCUUCGUUGUACUUUGGUCACCAUUUUUUGUUCUAAAUCUCAUACCAGCUGUGUGUCCAGAUUGUGAAAAACAAAUUGACAAAAAGAUAUUUGAUCUUGUAACGUGGCUGGGUUACGCCAGUUCAAUGAUAAAUCCUAUUUUCUACACUAUUUUUAAUAAAGUCUUCAGACAGGCCUUCAAGAAGGUACUUAUGUGCCGAUAUAGAGAAUCAUCAUGACGAACAGCUAGGUAGGUGGGGUAUGGGCGACCCGUUGUUGUCGUCACUGAAGUAUGAACUUUUGCUCGUACCAACUGAUUUCUUCGGAAAUUGGUUUAGUUAAGAUGUACUAGAGUUGGUAGAAACGUGCAAACAGUCGUCGAACAACGGGAGAAAUGUGAGAGUCAGAGUGUGGUUGGGAGGGGGUGGGUUGAGAAGGGGUAAAACGAACGACAGGGAAAUGCGAUAGAUCAGAACAAAAAUCAGUAGCGAAGUGGUACAGAAAUAUGAAUUGACGUAUUUCAGAGUCGAGUUUUUGUGGAAUAUCUCCAGAUGUAAGAGAGAUAGAGAAGGUUUUGUUAUGACAUUUUUUGUAGUUCGAAAUUCCCUUCACAAAAAAGGUCAUAAUAAAAAUAUUUGCAUCUUCCCUAGAUUCCGAGAUAUUCAUCGAAAUUGGGUACUAGUCAGAAGUGAUCUGUCUCGUUUUAUUGCAGCGCUACGGAAAUGCGAAAUGUGAAUGGAGCACCGAAUUUCUGGAUAUAUUGAGCGAAGGAACAAUCUCUGUACAUUUAGCAAAACAACCUAUUUUUAGAGACUAUAUGAUAAUCUAGAUUAUUGUUACAGCAAUCACUUGACUCGUUGAUAACGAUUAUUUGUGACUAGCCUACUAGGGGAUAAACUGAAAAUUUCAAUUACUAGGGUCAUGUAUGUCGUGAUUAACGAUGAAAAUUUUUUAGUAUUGGUUAUAUUUUCAAGACUGGUGUUUGAUAUCUGAGGUACUAACCAAUUGCUGAGGAAUCAAGUAGAUGUAGCCCAUAGUCGCAACGCAUUAUAUUAAACACAUGAAGCACGAAUUAGGAAAUUAUGUGAUAAAUCUGCGAGAGAAGGCGAAAAAAAAUGUUGUUGUGCGGUACCAUAAUAGAUUACCAUGUAGAUUACCCUUGGAAAACCUAAGAGGAUCAAUGGAGAUGAAAAAUGUAGCAAUCGAAUCAUCAUUAGCUGGCCGUUGAUUGAUUGAAGUCUAACGAACUGCGUGUCAUUGCAUAAAUUGAAAAAAAAAAACUGGAAAUCGAAAUAAACAAGAAAUAAAAUUUUACACCUCGUGAUUACUGGCUCCUUCUCACCCUGUCCCGAGCAGAUUCAGUCGAUUUGUCCUCGAGAAAUGGGAACCACUAGGAUUCUAUCGUCCAUCAGUCCUCGCGUAUUCCC